UUUAGAUUUUCAGUAUGGAACACCAUCAUGGGGUCUUCACUGUUAACAAUGGCGUGGGGCGUGGAGGCCGCUGGUUUGCCGGUCGCGUUAAUCCUAGUAGCACUGAUGGCCGCCCUCUGUCUGUACACAGCCUACGUACUACUGCGUGUUAACUCAUACCAUGGUAGCGAUAGUUGCGAAGUGCCGGCGCUGUGCCACGCGCUGCUGGGCCGGUGGGCGGCGGUGGUGGCGCACACGUUCAGUCUGCUGGUGCUGCUCGGAGCCAACGUCGUGUACUGGAUACUUAUCACCAACUUCUUAUACUUCACUGUUAACUACUUUACAGGUAAACAGUACGUCUCAUUAUUAAGAUAUCAGUGGGCCACCAAUGAAUCACACUAUAUAACAGCUAUUAAAGUUUUAAACGUUAUAUAUUAUCUAAGGUUUAAACAUUUAUUUCUGUUUAAACCUGCUAUACUUAUAUUUAUUCAUCUGAAAUUAAACUAUAAUAAUAAUAAUAUAUUUGUAUAUUUAUAUCUCUGUAUUUUGGAUAUUAUUGAGUGCUACUUAUAUGUGUAAGUAUAUAUUAUCUUCCUAAUUAUAUAAGUGUAUGUCUAUUUAUCAAAUAUCUUAUUCUGCCUUUACUUUAAACUUAAUUUUGUAAUACAAACCAAGCAUAUGGGAUUCCUUUUCCAGACUUGAACUCUUCGAAUGGAACGGAAUACAAUUCGACUCUGCUCUGUCCAAAAAUGGACGGACUGAACGGUUCUCUGUUGAUUCCGGUGGAUAUGAACCCGUCACCGUACUGGGGACUCCACACUACUGUGCCGGUGUACGUAGCCUUCAUAGUGUUCCCGCUGCUCAACUUCAAAAAUGUGUCCUUCUUCACUAAGUUUAACUCUUUAGGUAAGUAAUUUAUCUACUUAAACUCGAGGAUAUUGGCAAUCUGCUAUCUUUAGGCG